UUCAACAUGAAACCUGGAGUUUAUCAGUUUUUGGUGGGGUGUUUUGCAGCCCUUGGAUCCUUUUUAUUCGGCUAUGACUUAGGUGUCAUAGCUGAAGUUGUUGCGUCGGACUCCUUCAAGACUUUAUUUCUCCAGCAAAAUGCGAACUCUCGAUCUGGGACUGUGGUGGCCCUCUUUACAGGAGGCUGUUUUACUGGGGCCCUUGGUGCUGGAUUUUCUGACAGACUUGGUCGUCGAGGCACUAUUCUUAUGGCUUGCUGCAUCUUCGUUGUUGGUGGUACGAUUCAAACAGCAGGUGUCACCAUCGGUAUGUUAUAUGCUGGAAGGUUUAUUGCAGGAAUUGGUGUUGGAUUUUUGACCAUGAUAAUUCCCAUAUAUCAAUCCGAGAUCUCACAUCGCCGUAUUCGAGGUAGAAUCACCAGUCUUCAGCAACUUUUCAACGCUCUAGGACAGAUCUUCGCCACGUGGGCUGGCUACGGUUGUUUUGUGACCUGGGAUGGAACCGGUAACAGUCGUUCAUGGCGGAUUCCGCUCGCGAUCCAAAUCAUCCCAGCUCUUUUCCUUGGGGGACUGGUGUACCUCUUCCCAGAAAGUCCGAGAUGGCUGUGUGACCACGAUCAACCCGAACAAGGGCUCAAAAACUUAGCCCACUUGCACGCCUAUGACGACACCAAAGAUUCCUAUGUCAUCGCCGAGUUCAACCUCAUCCAAGCCCAAAUAGCAGAAGAACACUCCCAAAAGUCCAAAACUUACCUCGAUCUCUUCAGAGACUGGCCCAACCUCAGGCGGACUAUCCUGAUGAUGAUGAUCCAAGCCAGUUGCCAAAUGACCGGAGUCAGCGCCAUCCAGUAUUUCUCCCCUCAAAUCUUUGCUCAGAUCGGGAUUCCCACCGACACGACGCUUCUUUUGCAAGCCGUCAAUGCCAUCAUUGCUUUCCUCGGGACCGCGGUCUGCAUUGCAGUGAUUGACAACGUUGGGAGAAGACCACUGGAAAUUUAUGGCGCGAUUAUAAUGAGCGGGACAUUCAUCGUCAACGCCAUCUUGAUCGCAGUUUUCCCAGCGACAGUUUCAAACACUGGGGCACACUGGGGCUUCAUCGUCAUGACUUGGGUCUUCAACUUCGUAUUCUUCGUCACCAGCGGUCCCCUCUCAUGGGCUAUUCCUGCCGAGCUUUUCGGUACAGCCAUGCGUACAAAGGGUGUAUCGUGGGGGGCGAUGACCUCCUUCGCUUUCAACACUAUGAUCGGCCAGAUCACUCCAAUUGCCAUAUCGUCCAUCGGCUGGAAGUUUUACAUUAUUUUCAUCGUCUGUAAUUUGACAAGUGCGCUCUUCUUCUGGGCGUUCCUUCCAGAGACGAAGGGACUUAACUUGGAGGACAUGGAUGAGCUGUUUUACAACUCGCCGACUUUUGUACCUGGCUCACACUGGAAACCGAGUUCUCAUGUUGAUAGCGAUGCUGCAGAGGUCAAGGAACAGGAAGAGAGCGAUGUUGGGACUGGAAAAUCGGAUUAUGCAGGUGCAGGUGGGGUUCCGACAGACCAGCAGGUUGAACGCGUCCAAUUGAAGGAAUAGGCAUCUGUGGGUGUAACUGGGUAGAAGUCAAGAUGCUUCGGGCUUGUUUGAUACUAGAUGAUAGAAUCGUAGGGCUUGGUCGUGGGAGUGUGAGUGGUUAUGGUAAUACUCUAGUCACUGUUUGAGCCUGCGUACAUGAG